AUGUCUAUUCUUCGCCUCCCAGAUGAGGUGUGCGAGGAGAUCAUCGAUAACUGCCGCAGCUUCUUGGACGGCGGCGACUGGGCACCCGAGGAAUCCUACCAGGUUCUGCUUGCGUGCAGUCUCACAUGUCAAGCCUGGUUACCCCGAAGCCGCCUCCGCCUGUACUCUGCGCUGCUUUUUCGACACCACCGCGAUGUGGGCUCCUUAUUGGAAACCGUCACGGCCCACCCCUUCCUUGCAGAUCUCCCGCGGACGAUGUGCAUCCACUCCACGCAGGAGUAUAUCCCGUUCGCCAGCUCGAACUCGGUGCUGGCUCAAAAGCUGCCGAAUAUCCGCACGAUGUGGCUCGUCGUGAACUGGAAACACUAUCCGACAAAACACCACGCCGUGAUCGGGCAAUAUCCAGUCGUCCAGCUCUACAUCGACUUCCAGCCCAUUGACACCAACAACUUUCAUCGCCUCUUCCACCUCGUGUAUUCCCUUCCGAAUCUACGACAGCUCCACAGGGCGCCCACUUUGCAUGGGCGCAUCAUGAAGCCGACCUCGCUUUGUCCGCCCAUCUCCGAUGCGGACGUCCUUCGGACGACGCUCCUGCCUGUACAGCCCAGGAGACGCACCAUCGUUCUCCUAGCACUCGAAGCCAGCUGGUUUGAUAUUGGGAACACGCCGCUAGCCGAAAUAUUCGGCACCUCGGUUGUCGAGCUGACCAUACGCUGCUUGACCACACGAUCGCCUACCUACAGGCAUGAUUUGCAAAGGCUGCUCACUUACCUAUCGCUCCUCUCGUCGCUCAAGACGUUGUCCCUCAUAGUCGAGCCCCGGAAUCUCCACGGCGAUGUGCUCAGCUCGUCAGAGAAUGCAACGGUGUUUUACCCGUGGAUCGCCUCCGCCAUCUCUAGCGCACGCACGCACACUACCUUGCGCGUCGUCCGCCUGCGGUUCUGGGGGCCAGAGUGCGUCUGGACGUGCGCCUCGCUGAGCCGCCACGGCUUUCUGGACAUGCUUGCGACGCGCGCCCUCGAGGACGCCCUUUGCAACAUCCCGAACCUUUCUCAGCUCGCCCUCGAGCUCCCCGCGGGCCCCGGGGACUCCCCAGAUGUCUGCCGAUGGUGGGAGACGGAGCUGCGCAAACGCUUUCUGCGGCUGAACGCCCAGAUUUCGGCAGCAGUACAUGCUAGGUCCGGCAUCUCCUCGCAGCCACAUGCAUGUCGGCCAAUAUGGAUAGAUGCACGCGAGGAGACCCCUGAUGCGCACCAAAUACUGCCCCUGGUCCGCUAUCCGAACUACAAUGUGCGGGCGCACAUCCUAGAGUCGGAACUCAUCGUGGUAUACGACUACGUGCCGCUGACCGAGGCUCUCGAAUGGCGCGGGGUGUCCCAGCCCGACGAGCUGACCUUCCCCCUAUUCGCCGACGUCGGCAAGAAGUUGGGCAUCGUCGUCGCACCCGCAGAACUCCAGCUACCCCGCCAAGAGCCGCUGGUGAAGCUGUACUACGUUCGGGGCUGGGCAACCGGCGGACAGGGAGUCGUGCCGAUCACCCGCGCCGAGCUGGCGUAUCUCGUAUCCGCAGAGCUCCGCGCGCUCAUGCAAGCAUACCCCCUGGUGCGGGGCGGCACGGCCAUCGAGUUUGCACGGCUGUGUCUGAUCGAGGUGCACCAGGUCACGGACGACACGUUGCAGGCUCUCUUUGGGAUCAUUCCGAAUCCCUCUGGACGGCCGCUCACGGCCGACUGA